AUGUCCCGUGGCCCGUCGAUGAACCGAUCGGCGAGCGGAAGUAAGGCGCCGGGCUCAAGACUGGGAGGCAAAGUAAAAGAUGAAGGUGUCAAAGCUAGCAACGGCAAGACCGGGCACGACAACGACCCCAAUGUGUAUCUCGCUCUUACACCGAACGAUACCCCAGAGUCCAGCAAGGAUAGCGGGUCAUCGGAGCCCAACACGGACGUACCCGAAUUCGGUACCGUAGAUUUGGAUAUGCAGUGGCAGCCGCUAGACGAUGGGUUCAUGAUGGACGUGACGAAUAUCAAUAUGGAUAGCCUAGGAACCGGUGAGGUAGGCGAUCUAGAAAAGUCUCUUCUCUCGGAUUCCUUGCACACCGUUCCCGGUAACGACAUUGUCUGGGAGGAUAACAAAAUCGACUUCGACAAGCCUUUGAUCCACGAGGACGGAUUCUACCUGGACCCGUCAAUGCAGUAA